CACCAUGAACGAGACGAGAAGAACUGUAAAGGAAGCUAUGGGAGAUGUCAGACAAGCUGUUCCAUCUUACACGUACAGACUCUUUCUCAAAUUGAUGACAUCCACCGUUGGCAGGCUGAUGAAUACAACCAACGCUGUAUCCUCUCUUAAUUGUUUGGAAAUGAACUUCUGCUCUCUGGACACUGAGACUUCGACCGUUCGUCACUUGGUGUACCUUUUGGGAUUUGAAGACGUCCAUACUUUAGACGCAUAUGUUGAUCCUCGUUACAAGUUUGUUAUGCUUGAUGUAAGGUCGAGUAGACAUACAUUAAGCGCAUUUAUGGAAUUGGCUGCAGAAGAGGUUGCUUGUUCCACGAUACCUGGAGUUACGGAGUUACAAGCAAUUGGUAUACACGUUAUUGCACAAACAGAAGGUUUGUAG